AGCCGGGCGGCUGCGGCGCUCGACCCGCGCUCCUCCCUCUCCUCCCUCUCCUCCUCCUCUUUCUCCUCCUCCUCAGGGCUCCAGUCAGGCCAAGCCGCUCGGCUCACGGGAGGCAAACUAAGAUAAGCUGCAUUUUGUGGUCACAUGGUGACAACUUACAGAAAGUCAAAUCUGCAACUUGAUGGGUGACAACUUUUUUCAACCAAAAAAUAAUUUUAAAAUGGCAGAACUCUUUAUGGAAUGUGAAGAAGAAGAGCUAGAACCAUGGCAGAAGAAAGUGAAGGAAGUUGAAGAGGAUGAUGAUGAUGAACCAAUCUUUGUUGCAGAGAUAGCAAGUUCAAAACCAGCAAUUUCAAAUAUUUUGAACAGAGUUAACCCAAGCUCAUAUUCAAGGGGAAUAAAGAAUGGUGCACUCAGUCGAGGUAUUACUGCUUCAUUCAAGUCUACAAGUCAACGCUACAUGAAUCCAACAUCAAAUCCAGUGACUGCCUCACCAGUAAAUUUUCAUCCUGAAUCUAGAUCUUCAGAUAGCUCUGGUAUUUUUCAGCCAUUUUCUAAAGCUAUAUCCUUAUGCAGAAGGUAUUGUUACUACCCCUAUUUUAUAGUCGAGGAAACUGAGGCACUUACAUACAUGCAGGGUUAUAUAACAAACUCAUCACAGGUUCUGUCUAAUAAUUCUUCAGAGUUACUGUUUGACUUGACCCAGGAUACAGGAUUAUCACAUUACCAAGGGGGACCAACACUUUCUGUUACAGGUUUGAAUGAAAGUUCAUUUUCCUUUAAACGUCCUUCUGCUUCUGAAAUAAACAGUGUUGAUUCAAAAAAGCCUAAGUCCAGUGGAAGUGUUCCUAGAACAGAUGCUUCAGCUGUGGUUCCUUCAGAUAAGUCUCCUUCAUUGACGGUUCCCCAGGCUCUGCCAUCUCAAGGUGCAGAUACCUCAUCAAAUCAAUCUAAAAAUGGAACAACUUUUCCAAGAGCUUGUCCAAAGUGCAAUAUUCACUUCAAUCUUUUGGAUCCUCUGAAAAACCACAUGACGUACUGUUGUCCAGACAUGAUAAAUAACUUUUUGGGACUGACUAAAAUGGACAUUUCAAAUACAGCAAAUGAAACUAAGAUUCUUGAUUCAGAGAAAGGAAAGUUGAUCAUGUUAGUUAAUGACUUUUAUUAUGGAAAACAUGAAGGAGAUGUCCAGGAAGGACAGAAGACUCAUACAACCUUCAAAUGCUUCAGUUGCUUGAAAGUUCUAAAAAAUAAUAUUAGGUUCAUGAACCACAUGAAACAUCAUUUGGAACUUGAGAAACAAAGCAGUGAGAGCUGGGAAAGCCACACCACCUGCCAGCACUGCUACCGCCAGUUUCCCACUCCCUUUCAGCUGCAGUGCCACAUCGAGAGCACACACACACCUCAUGAAUUUUCCACCAUUUGUAAAAUCUGUGAGUUAUCAUUUGAAACAGAACAGAUUCUCUUACAACAUAUGAAAGAUAAUCAUAAACCCGGUGAAAUGCCAUAUAUCUGCCAGGUUUGCAAUUACAGGUCAUCUUCAUUUUCUGAUGUAGAAAAUCAUUUUAGAACUUCCCAUGAAAACACGAAGAAUUUGUUAUGUCCAUUUUGCCUCAAAGUUAUUAAAAUUGCCACACCCUAUAUGCAUCACUAUAUGAAGCAUCAGAAAAAAGGAAUACAUCGUUGUACAAAAUGCAGACUGCAAUUUUUGACAUGCAAGGAGAAAAUGGACCACAAGACUCAGCAUCAUCGAACAUUUAUAAAACCUAAGCAGCUAGAAGGACUGCCCCCUGGAACAAAAGUUACUAUUCGAGCCUCAGUUGGACCUCUUUCCUCAGGAUCUUCAGCUACACCUUCUGUUAGUGCAAGUACUUCUGUCCUUCAGCUCUCUCCCCCAAGGACUGAAAAUACGCCUGCUAAAAAUCCCACAAAACUGAAUAUAAGUAAACCUAAUACAAUCAAAUUGGAUGACAGUAAACCUAAUGAAAACAAGUCUAGUGGAAGUAAAUCUAAGUGCAAGUCAAAAAUCUCUAACAUGCAAAAGAAGCAAAGCACAGUGGCUACUAAUAAUAAAAAAAGUAAAGUGAAUACAGCAUUAAGGAAUUUAAGGUUACGUCGAGGUGUUCAUGAAUGCAUUGAGUGUUGUUCUGAAGUAAAAGAUUUUGCAAUCCAUUUUCCUACAUAUGUCCACUGUAGUUUUUGCAGAUACAACACUAGCUGUAGCAAAGCCUAUGUAAAUCAUAUGAUGAGCUUUCAUAGUAAUCGUCCAAGUAAAAGAUUUUGUAUAUUUAAGACACAUUCUGAAAAUCUCAGGGGCAUUUCUCUAGUGUGCCUUAAUUGUGAUUUCCUAACCGACGUUUCUGGCUUAGAUAAUAUGGCCACACAUUUAAGUCAACAUGAAGCUCAAACUUGCCGAGUUCUAGUAGAGAAAGUUUCUGUUUGUAUCCCAACUUCUGAACAUCUUUCUGAAUUUAAAAAUGAAGCUCCCACUAAGGGACAAGAAUCUGUGUCUAAGGGAAAUGCAAGACAUAAAACAGCUGAAGGAGAAACAGGAGCAUCAGAUGCUAAAAGUAAGCAAGAUAAAGCUCCUUCAUCAGAAGAAAAAAAUGGGUGUGGUACAAGUUUUUGUGAAGCUUCAUCCUCAACAAGAAGUCAAGAAAACCUAAAGGUUUCAGAUGAAGAGGAUGAAACUAGCCCAAAGAAAGUCUUCAGUCAUGAUUCAAACGUCGGACCAGAUGAAAUGGAAAAAGAACAGCGAAUGCAGCACACCUGUCAGGAAAUGGAACUGAAGAUGGGCCAAGGUUCAGAAAGCACAGUUUUGUGUGAGCAGAGUAAAGAGUGUAAUGCCAGUGAAGCUAGGUUUUCUUCAAAGGAUACUAAAGAUGUGCCACUAACAUCAGGUGAUGUUAGCAUUGAUCAGUUUUUGAGGAAAAGAGAUGAACCUGAAUAUCUUAAUUCUGAUGCUAGUGAGCAAGGCAGUGUUCAUUUGGAACCUUUGACACCAUCAGAAUUACUUGAGAUUGAAGCCACAGAAAUUCUUCAUAAAGAUAGUAGUGAUCUUCCAGCCAAGACUGAUGAGAUGGUUUCUGAUCUAACAGAUGACGUUCCUGGAGAAAAUGGUUCUAGAGUGACAGAGACAGCAGUAGACAUGUCAGAUAAAAAGGAAAGGAGCUGAAAUGAUUUAGUCAUUCUAAGGUUCAGUCACCAACAGAAAGCAUUCAGAGCAGUGCUCUGCGGUGAGCUCAGUAGUGCCAUGGUAGAGUUCAGAAAUGCAAAAUCUGAGGGAGGUCAUUCAUACACUUUACCUAUACGUUCAAUUUUUAUUAAAUCAACUUACCAAUAAUAGCAUGAUUAGUAUGAACUUCCAAGUUUUUAAAAACAUGAAUAAAACUUUAGUGACAGCUAAGUUUGCCACCAAAGGUCUCUUAGCACUUUUUGAAGAACUAGGUCUUGUUCACCAAUAGGAAAUGAUUAUGUUAGUUAUAUUAAUAAAACUUUUGAAACUUUCGUUAGUCCUAAACUUAAAAUCCUUAUUACCUGUAUAUUCCUUUUAGCAAAUUUAAGGGAAGAGAUUUGAAACCAUGUACCUUUUGAGAAUAAUUUUAAAAUAUCAAUUGAUUGUUGCUAUUAAUGAAGGCUUUAUUUGAAUACAAUGCUGGUAAAUGCAGCAUGCU